CUUGCUACUACUGCCAUCAUCCCUUUCUCCUCCCUUUCCCUCUUUCAUCCCAUCUUCAAGCUGACUCAAGAAUCACAAUCAUCGUCCAAUCCAAGCAAUCGUUGGCUUUUGAGUCUUAGGGAAUCACAAGUUGCAUCCUCAACAUCAUCAAACAACAACAAUCCACUUCUGUCUUUAUCAGCUUUUCGGAAUCGCUUCUAUUUGCUAAUUAGUCAUGGCUGCCACUGCAGCAUCUUAUGGCCUUUCUGCCGGCCCUUCCGCUCGUCCAAUGACGACUUCACCAACAAAGCCACUUUCAUCUUCUCGUAAGCCAUCAUCUCAAGGGGCAACUGCAUCAAGCAAAAGUUCUCCAACAAAGAAAAAGAUCACAAUGAUGAAAAAGUCUAAGCUUCCAGAAGUUGGACCAACGAUUCGUGAUUUAGAAAAUAAUGUAGUUCAUGUCACUGGAAAGCUACUCGGUCAAGGUGGUUUCGCUCGUGUUUAUCAAGUACAAGUACCAGACGGAACUGCCAUGGCAUUCAAAGCAAUCAAUAAAGAAGCACUAUUACAUCAAAGAAAGAACAGAUCAAAAGUGCUGGCUGAGAUCUUGAUUCACAGAUCUUUACAUCACCCAAACAUUGUUCACUUUGUCGAUCUAUUUCAAGAUGAGGCGAAUGUAUACUUCAAAUUAGAGCUUUGCUCAAACGGUAGCAUGAACGAUAUGAUUCGUACUCGUGGACCUGUUUCGGAUGAGGAAGCACGAUUUUACAUGGUCAAAGUCAUUGCUGGUACCAAAUUCAUGCAUAUGAACCACGUCAUCCAUCGUGACUUGAAGUUGGGUAAUAUCUUUUUGGAUUCCAAUAUGAAUAUCAAGAUUGGAGAUUUUGGUUUGGCAGCUUUACUCAAAGACCCAGAAGAGCGCAAGAAGACCAUGUGUGGAACGCCAAACUACAUCGCUCCCGAAAUUUUAUAUGAAGGAAAUGGAAAUGGACACAGCUUUGAGGUAGACAUUUGGUCUGUCGGUGUCAUCAUGUACACUUUGCUUGCUGGAAAGCCUCCGUUCCAAACGAGCAGCGUUCCCGCAAUCUAUGAAAAGAUUCGCAAGAACGAAUACACAAUUCCAGAUCACGUUCGUCCUGAAGCUUGUGACUUGAUCAGAAGUAUCUUGACCCCUGACCCUUCCCAACGGCCAACUCUCGUUGAAAUUAUGUCUCAUCCAUGGUUCACAGUCGGCAAAGUACCCCUACACUUACCUUAUACGGCAACCAAAAUAGCACCACACCUUGACUUGCCGCGCACGAUGGAGGAAUCUUUGCGAAAUCUUGAGACUCUCAAAAAGCAAUCUUGUUGGAGAGACGAUGCAGAUGAUGAAGUUGAGGAAGAAGAAAUGACUGAGGAACAAAGACGGCAAUCGGCAAAAGAGAAACGUAGAGCACAAGAAAGAGCUGAAGAUGAACGUGAGCGUAUGGACAAAGAAUUCGAAAAUGCAAUUCAACCGGGAAAUUCUCUGGCUGGCUUUUUGCAAUUGGGCAAAAAAGCAUUAUCCAAAGCUCCCGAUGUCACAGUACCUUUACGACCAAAAUCGCUCACAGGACUUUCUCGUCAAAUCAGCGCUCUCUCGCUCAGUCGUCAACAUGGCAAUUCAAUGGCAGCAAAUAUGGCUAUCGGCAAAGGUGGAUACGAAGAACCUGCUCAAAAUGCACUAUUCUCUGGAAAUGCUGAUAAAGAGAAUGCCAACAGUCCAAUGGAUGCACGAAUGAUGCCUCCUCCUUCAGCCCUCUCACAUGUACGCUCUCGUGGUGAUUUGGCCAGUGCAGCAGCAGCAGACGAACGUCGUAUGUUGACUCAGAAAGCACGCUUGGUUGCAGCUAUGACGGGAAGCGGCAGCAAUGGUAGCUUGGCUAGCGUUGCUUCGGGUCAAGCAAGGCCUGAUUCACGUCAAUCAGCACAAAACCCUAUUGUAAUCUCUGAUGAUACGAAAGAGGUUGAUGGUUGCAUCGAAUUGGCUAAUUUGGAUGUCAUGGUGCAAAACUUGGAUGAAGCUUUGGAAUCAUUCCAAGAUCGAACAAGAUUUGUUCCUUCCGACCGUGCAAGCCGUGAAACAAAGAUCGCAUUGGCGGUACGUCCAGAUUCUUUGAACCCUAAUAGAAUGCGACCCAGAUCGCCAAAGGCAUACAUCAUUUGUUGGCUAGAUGAGAUGGACAAGUAUGGAUUGGGUUACGCUUUAAGUGAUGGUACAAUCGGUGUUUACCUCAAAGACGAAUCCAGUAUCGCUACCAAUGCCGGCCGAACGCAUUUCGAUCACGUUGCUCGCUUGCAUGAUUCUCGUGGCUAUCAAGCUCGUCCAGAGAACUACGUGAUUCCUCAAAGUGGCCCUGUUGGUGAUUCAAUGUCACGCGAUGUUCAACGCAAAUAUAAGAUCUUGGGCUACUUUGAAGACAAGAUUGAUGCUCGUUUGGAAGGAUUUGAUUUGCCACUUGAUGAUCGUGGACGAACUUCUGAAAUGCCAUUCAUUUGGCGUUGGUACCGAUGCUUGCAGGCUAUUGUCUUCCGCUUGAGCACUUCUACUGUUCAAUUCAACUUUUACGAUCACAUCAAACUUCUAUUCAGCAAUGAUGGAUUGGUCUUGACAGCAAUUGUUCCAUCAAAGAGUAGCGAUGAAGCACAAACCAUUCGUACAUGGACAAUGGAGGAAUUCCUUGAUAUUGCCGAGAAGACAAGAUCGGCCCGUGAAGAAGUCAAUCAGCGUUUGACGUCCGCUUACGAAAAAGUGGAUGAUCGCGAAGAGGGCGAGUAUCCUUUGUCCGUCACUUCACCUGAAGAACGCAAACUUGUACGGUCAUUAAUUCCAAAAGUGAAAUAUGCUCGUGAUACGAUGAUCAAGAUUGCUUCAAAGGAUGCUACUGCCAUUGUCACGAUGGGCGGCCCGACAACGUCCUCUACACUGAACAGUCAGCAGAACACACCAACUCUACAAACCAAAUCUUCCAUCAUCUCUGGUUCGGCUAUCAAAUCUUCAGCAGCAAGAACACGUGCAGGAUCUACUGCCACACUUCCUCGUUCAAACAGUGGACAGAGCAUCAACAGUAUUGCUUCUUCCAAGAGACGAGUUCAUUAAGCGGGUGUUUCACAAUGCCAAACAAAAAAAACUCUUAAAAUAAAUCAAAUAUCUAUCACAUUAAAUUCAUGCAUACCUAGCCAACUAUUCACUCAUGUCAAUAACCAAUCAUACCUUUAUCUCAAGCUCUGUCUUCCUUUCCUCUUUUUUUGCAGUAAUUCUCAUAACUAUCAUCUCAUAUGCAAUAGCAUUCGAUCAAUC